UUUGAAAUGAGAAUAUUCCCCUACAUCCUCUCUCCUCUGUCCUAUCUCCUCGCGUGCUGUCUCUACCUCCCGUUUUCUCUCUGCUCCAUUCUCCCCGGCUCGAUCCUCACCGCCGGCGUAGUCACCACCUAGCACCGUUCCAUCCCCCCGGCGAUCAGCCCGCAGCGAGGACGUGACACCCUGUCAUGUCACCACCGCAAACACCCCACUCCAUGCUCCCCUGCAUCGCGACAGCAACGGCAACAACGUCCAGAAAAGCACAGGUUCUUUUCUUUACCUGAUUAUUAGUGGCGUCGGGCGCCAGAGCUCGUAGACGUCGCGGAGCUCAUCGGGAAUGCCGAUGAAGCGCUCCUCCAUCAGCUCCUGCCUGAUGAGCACGUCGGGGAACAGAGGGGCAAGAUCGCGGGUGUUCAGCGGCUCAUGCGUCCUUGGGUGCAGCAUCGGCGGCGGCUUCACCGACAGGUCGGCGAUGAGGUUGUACCAUUGCUUCGGGACGCCCACGUUGCCUGGGUACGACCCGACCGUGGCAGCGAAGCUCCUACGUCCAUUGGCAGCAACAACAUUGUUCUUCAAGCAGAUCCAACGGAUGCUCACGCAUGGGAGGCGGUGUUGUUUCGGCGAGCUCCUUCGUCCUCGAGCAUGACGCGGCGAUGACGGCUUCCUCCCUCUCGCUCCCUCCUCCAUUUGAUGUCACUGAUGCUGCUGUUGUUCAACAUCCUGUGGUUGUAGAUGGUACUUGGCAGGUCGGGUCGAAUUAUAAUUGCAGUUCGAUUAAAAACUGGCAACGAAAUCAUGGCGUCGACGGUUAGAAUGCAUGGUGAAAAGGAAAACAGAAGUCUGAGUGUUGCUAGGUACAUCUAGUGUAAGACAUUUGCACUUUCUUCAGGAAAGACAUUUGCUAACUCCGAACGUGAUGUUCUCUUUUCUUCAAUAAGACAUUUUCUUUGAGAAGGACUAAAUCCCGUCAGCCCAUUUAUAUUCUUUUUCAGUAAAAAAGGAUGAAGUGCAUUUACAUAGCUAUGGCUAGUAUAUGCAUCCAUGUGGAAUUGUUUGAGGAAAAGCAAGCAACAGUUUAGCUGGAUGAGCAGUUCAAGCUGAACACCCCCUACAGAUUCUUUGAUUUGUAUUUCCAAGUAUUCAUUUUUUGUAUGUUCUACAGUCUCUAAAGUAAAUCUGGUGUUGUUUCAUCCUCUGAUCUAUUUUGUUUUUACUGUCCAAGACCUGUGUGUCUGCUGAAAAUAUAUUUUCUUCUCUCGGUUCGGCCUCGGCAGCUCCUGCAGUUAGAUUUUGCCGAACAUCAUUUCUA